AUGAGGCGUUUGUGGAAUUUGCAGAUAAAAAUGUUGGAUUUGCAGGUGCAGAUGUUAGAUCUGGAAGUCAGGAGAGAGAUUUGGGCUAAAGAUAGAGAUUUGGAUAUGAAGACAGAAAGCACAGUUCAAGUGAUGAACAUGAAUGGGUUUGCCCAGCUAACGGUCCGCUGGGAAACACGAAGCCUAGCGGAGACGGCCAAAGGGCACUGGACCACGUGCCACUCGGUGGAAAGCUGCUGCGUGUCGGGCAGCCCCCGCGGUCGAACCCGUCGUCGCUGCGCGUCCAGGGCACUGCGGGAGGAGGCCUUCUCCGCGUGUGGCCAGGCCGCGAGGCUGCGUCGCCGGGGAUGGCGGAGGAAGGCCCCAGGAGGAGGCGCUGGGAAAGCUCGGGCGGUGCGCGGGGGCUCGGCCUGCGGUGGGGAAGCGGGCGGCCCAGGGAGCCCGCGGGAGCUGGAGGAGCUGGAGGAGCUGGAGGAGCUGGAGGCUGCUGGCCAGGAGCCCCAGGUCAUGCUGAUGAGACGGGAUUUGAUGAGGCGUCAAGAAGAGCCUAGGAGUGCGGAGGAGGGACCGCUGCACCACCAAGAAGCGCAAAAGCAAAAGCAACUGGAGCCCAGGCAGGAGGGGCGCAGGUGCCGAGGGGAAGAGACGCGGCGACAGCAGGAAGGACUCAAGGGAACAGCCCCUGAUGCGGGAGAACAGGAGCCAGGGACGGGCCAGGUGGCUGUGGGCGUAAACAACAGAGGCGCCCUGCCCCCUGCUCCAGGGCCAGCUGGUAGCCCAGCUCCUCCAGGACCUGCCACCACGAGGCCAGAUGGAACCCUGGGAUUGACCCCACCGACAACUGACCGCUUUGGUCAGGCUGCUGCAAUGGAAGGAACUGGGGCAAUUGGGGGAACCCCGCCUGCAUUCCACCGUGCAGCUCCUGGAGCUGAAUUUGCUCCAAACAAACAUCGCCGAUACUACUAA